UCGGACCGGAAGACAUAUUCUGGAGAGAGGAACGUAGUACCGAGGUAGGGCCUAGAAAUCGUUAACAGGCCACUGUGUCAACGAGAUGGAGGAGACAACUGAAGAAACUACAGAUAAUAGUUAAUUCAGACGUGGUGUAGAUAAGACAAGGAUACUGGACCUGUUCUUUUCAUAACUAAAGUUACAACGAAAAGAAAAGGAUCCUGGAUUUGAGAAGACCCUCCAGAACUGAGGAGAGAGGCCAUUAUAAUAUGUAAAUAUUAAUCGACAUGAAUCCGUGUGGUCAUGAUUCGUCCAUGGCUGUGGUUGUCUCCCUCGCCGCUUCUACCUCAACUUAAACGGCUGGAAAAAUGAGUCCCGUCGGGCUCUCUGGAGCAGGGCUUUCCCAAAGACCUUGAUAUGAAAUCCCUGAUGCUGCGCUGGCUUUGCCUGCUCAGCCUGAGCCUUCCUCUGUUGUUUUGGUUUGGACAUGUGAUGACACGGGACGGUUCCUCGCCUGCUGUGCGGAGCACCGGCCUCAGGGGCUACACGAGAAUCACCCCCGUCAGGAUGGAGCAGCAGUUUCUGGACAUGCACUGCAGCCAGUGUGCCUUGGUCUCCAGCUCAGGUCAGAUGAUUGGAGCUGGAGCUGGCGAAGAGAUUGACAAGAUCAGGUGUGUUAUCCGGAUGAACAAUGCACCCACACAGGGCUAUGAGAGGGACGUGGGGAACCGCACCAGUGUUCGGGUUGUGUCUCACACCAGCGUUCCCCUGCUGGUAAAAAACGAGCACUACUAUUUCCAGGAGUCUGCAGACACUACAUACGUGGUCUGGGGUCCCGACAGGAACAUGAGGCAAGACGGGAAAGGGCGCACCUUUAACACUCUCCUGAGAAUAGCCAUGAAGUAUCCAGACGUCAGAAUCUACGCUGUGACCAAAGAGAAGAUUCAGUACUGUGACAGUGUGUUUCAGAAUGAAACAGGAAAAAACAGAAUGAAGACGGGGGCGUUUCUCAGCACUGGAUUUUUCACAAUGAUUCUGGCAAUAGACAUGUGUGACAGACUUCAUGUCUAUGGGAUGAUUGAUGAUAACUACUGCAGUCGGGCCAAUCACAGUGUUGUUCCUUACCACUACUACGAACAAAACCGAAUCAACGAGUGCAGGAUGUACAAGGUCCAUGAGCACACGCAACGCGGGGGCCAUCGCUUCAUCACUGAGAAGGCCAUCUAUGCCAAAUGGGCAACGCGCCAUAAAAUUGAGUUUAAACACCCCUCUUGGAGCCUCUGAAGAAGGACAUCGAAAAACCCAGACAAUGUUCCUUGACUGCACAGUGGUAUUCACUGUUACUGGCUUUUGAUCUUCUCUGCUGAGGAUGUUACUGUUGCUGGAGCAGGAACUUUAACGAAUAAUAUGUUACUGAUGGACUCCAGCUUUUUUUUUUUUUUUUUUUUACCAAACCAACAACCACAUUUUUUAUCCACUAUGAGUGACAUGAUAGUGGCUCAUCAUGGCUAAAAAAUAUCUGUAACCAUUUUACCAGCAGUUAAGUGGUAACAGGUUUUAAUGUACCACCCUCAGUAUUACUGAAAACUUCCGUCAUGUAUAGCCAUAUAUCAGCAUAGAUGCUGAUAAAACAUUAUAAGCCACUAAAUCCCAUUUAUACCAAAGCUUACACUUUAAUUUCUUUAUGCCUGUGCCUUGACUUUCAGUCUCAUUUUAUUCUGCAAUCUGGCCUGUGUAAUUUAAAGCUGCAAUAUGCACCUUUACUCUGCUAGACAGACAGUGUAUCGAUUCAUCUCUUGUCAGAAAAAAUGACAUGAAGUGACGAUCACAUCACAGUUCCCCAGAACUCAAGUUUACAAUUUAAAUGACUUGUUUUGUUCAACCAGUGGUCCAAAACCCAAAGUUAUUCUAUUUACAAUCAUAGAGGAUUUGUAAAACCACCAAGGACAAAAAAGAGUUUUUGUCAUUUUGCAUUAAAAAUGGCAUAAAUUAUUAAUCAAUGAUCAGAAAAGUUUCAGAUUAUUUUCUUCUGUCUAGUUGACAGUCAUUUCAGCUCCAGUAUUGUUUUCUUCUCUCUGUCAUUUGUUCAGUAUUUUGCCUCAGAACAUGACAAUCCUCUCAGUUAUAAGUAAACCAGCGUGCAUGGACAGUCACAGCAAUUUUAAAAAGAAAAAAAAAAAGAAAAGAUAAUUUCAAGCAAGUGUUGUUUGUGGCACAAAUUCAGGCUGUUACUUUAGUCUUUAUCAACUGCUCUGAGGCUUUAACGUGUUUACUUACUACAACCAGUUACAGUGUUUUAGAUGCUUGAUGUAGUUUAAAGCUUUUCUUUUAACCAAGACAAAUGCUCAUGUUAAUAUAAACAGUGUUCAGAUGUUUCCAUAAUGCCCAGAGUGCCAUUUAACUAACCUGAGGACUGACCAUGCAGUUUUGGCACCAGUGGUUUAACAUGGGUGAUGGAGCCUGUGUUAGUCCAUCAUUUCAUGUAUGCUCACACUACACACACACACACACACAUACAGUAUAUAUGUAAAACUACCUUCUCAGUUACAUACAGUACACAUAUGUGUGUGUGGUAACAUUUAAAUCAGUCACACAGAAGACAGUAACUGCAGAGAGGUCCGCUGCCCUUUACUCCCUGUUUUCAGCACCACAGAUAACGGCUUGAGAAUGACACGAGAGAAACAAACAGAAACAAAUCUUGGAGAUCUUUGUAGUUAGAGUGUAUUACAAAUGUUGGAGGGGAAUGGUAUGGAGAUCCAUCAGAUUUCUUAAAACACUGAAAGGAAAUUUGCAAAUUGUGCAGCUGCAGCUGGUGGCAGUUCCUCCCCUGUGUGUGACUUCCUAAGCCUUUGAACAAGAAAAAGAUGAGGCUAUGAGGAGCCUGACACCAUAACCACAAACUGAGUUACUUGUCUCCAGAAAUGUCCUUUAAAAUUGUUUACCCUUGAUAUUUUGCUGCCUGUUUACAAUGAAAACCAUAGUGCUGCCUUUUCAGUUGCACAAUGCUUAUUUUGUGACUAAUUCCAAAGACUAAUAGUACUUGCACUACUGCGCAAAACUACUGUGUCAAAAGUAUUUAAUUGCACGCACAUUUCAAACAUUAUUGGUGACUUCUUAGUAAGCAUACUUAUGUAGUGAACUGUGCAAAGUAAAAACUUGAAUGUAAAACUUGACCACUAGCAACUGCUAGUGUGAGAUGGGUGUCAACAUGAAUAAAUGUGCUGUCAAAUAGA